AUGACUGGCGUAUCCACUAAAGGGAUCCAUGGGGCGGACCACUUGGCUCGAGUUCCUGAUGUCGUGCCUCCAAUCAAUAUCAGUGCAACCUUCCGAUAUGAUGACGACCCUGACACUUGGGUUAAAGCUGAAGACGGCGGGAAACCAUUGCUCGACAACUAUCUAUAUUCCAGAGUCUCUCAUCCUAAUUCUGAACAAGUGGAAGCCAUUGUUGAACAAAUUACGGGGUACCCAGCCGUGGUCUACUCGGGAGGCAUGCCUGCUUACAAUGCAGCAUUAACAUACUACGACCCCAAAACGAUCGCCAUUGGCCAUGCCUACCACGGGUGUAGGGGCCUUGCCAAUCUCUGGACGCAAAAGUUUGGUACCAAACAAAUUAGUAUUGAUGACGAAUUUGGGGGAAAUAUUGGUCAAGGAGACUUGGUCCAUUUGGAGUCACCAGUAAACCCUUGGGGCACCGCAAUCGACAUUCAGGCCUACGCUGAUCGAGCCCACAAAGUCGGUGCUAUCGUGCUUGUUGAUGCCACUUUCGCCCCGCCUCCCAUUCAAGACCCGUUCCAACAUGGCGCCGAUAUUGUAUUACAUUCAGCCACAAAGUAUUUUGGGGGCCACUCUGAUUUACUUGCUGGUUUACUCUUAGUCAAAGACGCUGAGACGAAGAAUAAAUUGGUUAAGGAAAGAGUGUUGUUGGGUACCAAUAUUGGUAGUUUGGAGGCGGCGUUUUUACUCAGAUCGUUGCGUACAUUUGACUUGAGAGUGGAGAGACAAUGGCGUCUGGCCACCGCCAUUGCUCAGCAUCUUAACGAUAACAUUGACAAGUUAUCCAAAUUGACCAAAGUUUACCAUAGUUCGUUGCAAACAGAGCCAUUUGUGGCUAAGCAAUUGGUGAAUGGUCACAGCCCCGUAUUAUCGAUCGAAGUGACCGAUGAAGCCACCGCUAAACUGAUCCCUGGCAAAUUAAAAUAUUUCAUCCAUGCCGUCUCGUUAGGAGGAGUGGAGUCCUCAGUUCACUGGCGAGUAUUAUCUGAUAAAGCUAUUGCUCCUAAUGUCAUCAGAAUCUCGGUCGGAGUAGAAAACGUCGACGAUCUCAUUGCCGACUUAGACCAGGCAUUGACCUAG